AUGAGUUCGAAAUUCAUAAUCGAUAGUAUGCUACCGAAGUACCAUCAGCAGUUUCAUCAUCAACAGUUGUUCUCGAGCGCGAAUCCAGGCACGAUCCAGGCGUGCACCACCAGCCCGGCUACCAGUCUAGAGUCCAGUUUAUCCGCGGCUGCGGUCGCGGCCGCGGCGGUGAAUUACGCGCAGCAACACAAUUCCCCAAGCCCGACCGGCUCGAGUCCCCAGCACUCCGGUAGUUCAGCAUCCACGUCACCGGCGGCACGCACCACAUCAAGCAUGUAUCCGUACGUGUCUGCGGCGGCAGCCCAUCAUCAUCAUCAGCAACAACAAGCGGUUGCGGCGGCCGCUUUCGGUGCCACGUCCAGCAUGGUGCCGGGUUUCGGUUCCACGGCAGCAUCGAGCGCCGCGUUGGCCGCGGCCGCUGCCGUCGACGCUGCGACUGCCGGCGACAAGUCCUGUCGUUAUACAGCCAGUCUCACCGGAAAUGUCGCGCCCACGUCCGCCGAUCCGAUGGUCAACUAUACCCUCGGUCAUCACCAUCAGAACGGGGCUACACCCGGUAGCCUGGUGUCCUCCGCAUCCGCAUCCUCCGCUGUAUCAGCGGCCUCCGCUUCUAUGGCCGCUGCCGCGCAAUUCUAUCACCAGGCAGCCGCUGCAUCGGCCGUCGUCGAUCCGUUGACGUCCUGCCAACAACCCACCUCGGGACAACCCGGCAUCUCGGACAUACCGCGGUACCCGUGGAUGUCGAUCACCGAUUGGAUGAGCCCGUUCGACAGAGUCGUGUGCGGGCCGAACGGGUGUCCGAGGCGCAGGGGCCGUCAGACCUACACCCGGUUCCAGACCCUCGAGCUGGAGAAGGAGUUCCAUUUCAACCAUUACCUGACGCGACGGCGGCGAAUAGAGAUCGCGCACGCUCUCUGUCUGACGGAACGGCAGAUCAAGAUCUGGUUCCAGAACCGGAGGAUGAAGCUGAAGAAGGAGCUCAGGGCGGUGAAGGAGAUCAACGAGCAGGCGAGGCGGGAACGGGAGGAGCAGGACAUGAUGAAGAAGCAACAGGCGGAGAAACAGGCGAAGAUGCAGCAGGAACAGCAGAGCGCCGCCUUGCAGCAUCAGCAGCCGCAUCAUGUUAGCGGACUGGACAAGACGCAGAGCGAUCUACUGAAGGCGGUCAGUAAGGUGCCCACAUAG